AUGGUCAAUGAAAUGGAGGUGUCUGCUGUAGAUCUGAAGGGAGCUGUGUGUCCUAGGAGCCUGGUGUAUGAGCUGCACAGGGCCUGCUUCUAGUGGAAGGGAAGCAAAUGCUGCUUCAGUGAAGGAGCCAGGAAACAAAUGUAUAUUUUGGAACAUACAUUGGUGUUCUGUCCUGGUUCAGACUUGAACAGGCUUAUGUGAGCACCAUUUAAAUGCAGCAAGAGCAACAAAACACAAACAACCCAGCUCCAUUAAUCCAAAGCCCAGCAGUACCCACGCUCCUCAACCACAUACGACAGAGAGAGAAGACUAAGGAACAAAGGGGACGAGAUGCCGAUGGAGCGAGAUGAUCCCGGCUCUGCUGAGCGGACGGCACAAAAAAGGAAGUUUCCCAGCCCUCCCCAUUCUUCAAAUGGUCACUCUCCUCAAGAUACAUCUACGAGCCCCAUCAAAAAGAAAAAGAAGCCUGGUUUACUGAACAAUAACAGUAAGGAGCAGUCAGAACUAAGACAUGGUCCGUUUUACUAUAUGAAGCAGCCACUCACCACAGACCCUGUUGAUGUUGUACCGCAGGAUGGACGGAAUGAUUUCUAUUGCUGGGUUUGUCAUCGGGAAGGCCAAGUCCUUUGCUGUGAGCUCUGUCCUCGGGUUUAUCAUGCUAAGUGUCUGAAACUGACUGCGGAACCAGAGGGGGAUUGGUUUUGCCCAGAAUGUGAGAAAAUCACUGUAGCAGAAUGCAUUGAGACGCAGAGUAAAGCUAUGACAAUGCUUACCAUCGAACAGUUAUCGUACCUGCUCAAGUUUGCCCUACAGAAAAUGAAACAGCCGGGGACAGAACCAUUUCAGAAACCCGUAUCGCUUGAUCAGCACCCAGACUAUGCCGAGUAUAUCUUUCAUCCAAUGGAUCUCUGUACAUUAGAAAAGAAUGUUAAAAAGAAAAUGUACGGUUGCACUGAAGCCUUUUUGGCCGACGCCAAAUGGAUUUUGCACAACUGCAUUAUUUACAAUGGGGGAAAUCACAAAUUGACGCAAACAGCCAAAGUAAUUAUCAAAAUCUGUGAACACGAGAUGAACGAAAUUGAAGUGUGUCCAGAAUGUUAUUUAGCUGCUUGCCAAAAACGAGAUAACUGGUUUUGCGAGCCUUGUAGCAAUCCACACCCAUUGGUCUGGGCUAAACUGAAAGGAUUUCCCUUCUGGCCUGCAAAAGCACUGAGGGAUAAAGAUGGGCAGGUCGAUGCCCGUUUCUUUGGACAACAUGACAGGUCACUUAUCCGGCAACCUCACCUAUCUGGAACACAGCUGAGAACCAGGAAGGCCUGGGUUCCAAUAAAUAAUUGCUACCUCAUGUCUAAAGAAAUUCCUUUUUCUGUGAAAAAGACUAAAAGCAUUUUCAACAGCGCAAUGCAAGAGAUGGAGGUAUAUGUGGAGAACAUUCGCAGAAAGUUUGGUGUAUUUAAUUACUCCCCAUUCCGGACACCAUACACACCCAACAAUCAAUUCCAAAUGUUACUAGACCCUGCAAACCCUGGGGCUGGGACUGCAAAGACAGAUAAACAAGAGAAAAUCAAACUGAAUUUUGACAUGACGGCAUCGCCGAAGAUCUUAAUGAGCAAACCCUUGCUGAGUGGUGGCACCGGCCGGAGGAUUUCUUUAACUGACAUGCCAAGGUCCCCCAUGAGUACAAACUCUUCCGUUCACACUGGCUCGGAUGUUGAGCAGGAUGCAGAAAAGAAGGCAGCUUCCAGCCAUUUCAGUGCAAGUGAAGAGUCCAUGGACUUCCUUGAAAAGAGCACAGCAUCUCCAGCUUCCACAAAGACAGGCCAAGCAGGGAGUUUAUCCGGCAGCCCGAAACCUUUCUCUCCACAAGCUUCAACCCCUCUCCCGGCGGCCAAGCCAGAGAGAGCCUCCACUCCUGGAAGCAUUCUGAAUCUGAACCUCGAUCGGAGCAAGGUGGAUAUGGACCUGAAAGAACUGAGUGAGUCCGUUCAGCAGCAGGCAGCCCCGGUGCCCCUCAUCUCACCCAAAAGGCAGAUUCGAAGCCGGUUCCAGCUUAACCUUGACAAGACCAUAGAGAGUUGCAAAGCACAAUUAGGAAUAAAUGAAAUCUCGGAGGAUGUUUAUACAGCAGUAGAGCACAGUGAUUCGGAAGAUUCAGAGAAGUCGGACUCAAGUGAUAGCGAGUAUAUCAGUGACGAUGAGCAGAAAACUAAGAUUGAACAGGAGGAGACAGAGGACAAGGAAAGUAGCCGGACAGACAAAGAUUCAACUGCCUUGAAAAAAAAGCCUAAACCUCCCACUCCAGUGGAAAUCAAAGAGGAUUUAAAAAGCACAUCUCCCCCCACUGAAAAAUCAGACCCUCUGGUCAAAGAAAAGUCCACUACAGAUCUUGAGAAGGAUUUUUCAGAAAAAGUCAAGACUUUGCCCCAUCCUGUGAAAGAGAAAGUUAAAGGCAAAGAUGAGACAGAUUCCCCUACGGUACAUUUAGGUCUGGACUCUGAUUCAGAGAGUGAACUUGUCAUAGAUCUUGGAGAAGAUCACUCUGGGAAAGAGGGACGGAAGAGCAAGAAGGAGUCCAAGGAGCCACCUGCUAAACAAGAAGCUGUAGGUAAAGCCCCACCACCCUCUAGUGCCAGCAGCAACCAUCCUCCCCCCGAAACACCCGUCCUCACCCGGUCAGCGGCUCAAACCUCCCCGGCAGGCGUCGCCACAGCCGCCACCACCAUCGCCGCGCCCACCAUCGCCGCUCCCCCAGCGGCCACCGGGAGCCCCGUGAAAAAGCAGAGGCCGCUGCUCCCUAAGGAAACUGCGCCAGCCGUGCAGCGGGUCGUGUGGAAUUCUUCAAGUAAGUUUCAAACGUCUUCUCAGAAAUGGCACAUGCAGAAGGUCCAGCGUCAGCAACAGCAGCAGCAGAGUCAGCAAGGCCAGCAGCAGCCGCCUCAGUCCUCCCAAGGGACAAGAUAUCAGACCAGACAGGCUGUGAAAGCUGUCCAGCAGAAAGAAAUCACUCAGAGCACCUCAACCUCUACCAUCACUCUCGUGACAAGUACCCAGCCGGUCUCUAUGGUCACCAGCUCAGGAUCCUCAAGCACACUCUCAUCCUCCCUCAACACUGACUUGCCCAUUGCCACGGCCUCGGCAGAUGUGGCCGCUGACAUUGCCAAGUACACUGGCAAGAUGAUGGAUGCCAUAAAAGGCACAAUGACAGAAAUAUACAAUGACCUGUCUAAGAGUACCACUGGAAGUACAAUAGCCGAGAUUCGACGUUUGAGGAUUGAGAUUGAGAAACUUCAGUGGCUCCAUCAGCAGGAACUCUCAGAGAUGAAGCACAAUUUGGAACUGACCAUGGCUGAGAUGCGGCAGAGCCUGGAGCAGGAGCGUGACCGCCUGAUCACCGAGGUCAAGAAGCAGCUGGAGCUGGAGAAGCAGCAGGCUGUGGACGAGACCAAGAAGAAGCAGUGGUGUGCAAACUGCAAGAAAGAAGCCAUUUUCUAUUGCUGUUGGAACACCAGCUAUUGCGAUUACCCAUGCCAGCAGGCCCACUGGCCCGAGCACAUGAAGUCGUGUACGCAGUCAGCUACGGCAACCCAGCAAGAAACAGAUCCCGAGGUCAGUACAGAAACAAAUAAAUCUGCCCAGCCCAGCUCCAGUGCGCAGGCACCUCAGACGGACACAGCUAGUGCCUCGAAAGAAAAGGAAAGUCCGGCCGACAAGAGCAGGGAGAAUGUCACGACCAUUCCCGUCGUGGUAAGUCCUACUGCCGGGACAGUGGCCAUGAGAAGUGGGGGUGGAGGCGGCGGCGGCAGCAACAGCAGCGGUGGCGGCGUUCAGUACGUCCAGACUGCGAUGCCAGUCCAAGUGCGGAGAGUCUAGCCCGUGACAACACCAGGCUCCUCUGGGGGGAGUUGGAGGAAUGACCAAAACAACUCCCAGCGUGAAUAGGAGAAGGAAGAGCUACCAGAAAUGUGAAGAGGAGGAAGAGAGUCGCCAUCUUUGGAGAUUUCACUUCAGAGGUUCUGACUUUUAUGCUUUGCAUACACAGGACAAGGCAUCGACCACACUACAUUAUUAAUAAGGCAUUAGUGCUGUCCAAGGACAGUUAAAACCCGUGGCAAAUGACUGCUUCUUGUGUAAAUAAUGUACAAUUUGUGGAUGUCAUUAAACUUAGAGAACCAUCUUCUUUUUAUAUUUGUAUUGACUUUUAACUUAUAAUAAUAAUAAUAAUAAUAAUAAUUAAAAAAAGGAACAUUUUGGAAAAGGGAAGGUCAGACCAUUUGUCACAAAGUAGCAUUUUUGAAUCUGGGCUGAGGGCGAUUAGCACCCAGAAAUCAUCCAUGUUCGGGGAUCCAUAGGGAGGCUACACUUUUUCAUUUACAUUUGUGUACAUAACACGUGGGAUCGAAAGCAGUUCUCAGGGGUGUGUGGCUGUCCUGCAGGCCUGAAUUGCUGUAGCUCCCCCUUUUUGUUAAAAUCUUAUUUUAUUUCAUUGUUUGGAAAUGGGAGAUCUCUGGACCUGAGAACCCCUGUGGAGAAAAGUCUUUUAUUUUGUGUGAUUUACACAAAGACCAGACUCUUUAAAAACAAACAAAAAAACAAAAAAAACCCCAUGACCUUGUUUACAAAACGUUGAGCGAGCAAGAAACCUUGCACAAGUGGAUGAAGAGCAGGAGGUGUUUGGAAUAGAGUUUGAAGGAGCUGGUGCUGGAUGGUAGACUCAGAGCAGCCUCUUCUGUGUUAAGGUUUGUUUAAAAAAAAAAAACCAAAAAAACCCACCAAACCCUCCUAAGAGACUGUUAACACUUUUCACAUGGAGCGAGGACUUGAAGAAGAGACAUGGGCCAAGGACUUGAUGCUGGGGUAAAGCAUGUAUUAUUUAUGGACAGAACCUUCUGUCUUGCUGUAAGCAUGAUACAGUAUCAAUACAGUAGGACAGAGCGCCCCCUGCCUGCCCAGUGCUGCCUGUUACACUACUCAUGCUGUGGUCCCCCUACCAUUUUGUACGUUGUGUAAAACAAAAGCAUUGAACAAAAACGUAAAACAAAAGCAUUGAACAAAAAGCCAGGUAAUUGAUGUCUGUAUAUGAGAAAAUUAAUUGUAUGAUAUCAUUCCAGUACAUUUUGUUGUACAUUUUUGUGUUUAGGUUCUCCCACUGUUUAUAAACGAUUUGAUAUGUACAGUCUCUGGCUAGUACCCACAUUAGAGCAAAACAAAGGUAUUAGGAGAAAAAAAAGAGAGAAAAAAAGCAGAACAUGUGUGAAUUGCAGUUGUCAGAAAUAGCCUAGCAGGCCUUAUUUGUGAAGCAUAAUUGCUUUUAGCAUAUGGAAGUAUUUUUUCACGUUUCUUUGUAUAAAAUUUGUAUUAAACUUAAAUAUCUUUUUGGA